AUGGCCGAGGAAGGCAUUGCUGCUGGAGAUGUAAUGGACAUUAACACUGCUCUACAAGAAGUGCUGAAGACCACACUCAUCCAUGAUGGCCUAGCUUGUGGAAUUCGUGAAACUGCCAAAGCCUUGGACAAACACCAAGCCCAUCUUUGUGUUCAUGCUUCCAUGUAUGUGAAGUUGGUGGAGGCCCUGCGUGCCAAGCACCAGAUGAACUUGAUCAAGGCUGAUGACAAGAAGCUGGGUGAAUGGGUAGGCCUCUGGAAAAUUGACAGAGAGGGAAAGCACUAUAAAGUGGUUGGCUGCAGUUGCGUUGCUGUUAAGGACUAUAGCAAGGAAUCUCAGGCCAAAGAUGUCAUCAAAGAAUAUUUUAAAUGCAAGAAAUGA